AUGCAGGCACUAUCAUUAUCAUCAUCUACUUCCUCAGUCCCAAAGGAGAAGAACCACACUACUCUGUCUACUCUUCCUCCUCAAGCACCACAACCCUCCCCACGCUGCCAGAACGCAUUCCAAAUCCCCGAGAUCCUACUCCGAAUUCUCCAAUUCGUCCCCCUCUGGAUCCACCCACCUCACACCACCCCUAGUACUACCUUCUUUGACAACGAAAACAUCACAUUCUCCCCACGCAACAUCCUGUCCUGCUCGCUCGUCUCCAAACCCUGGCGCAACCCCUCCCUCGACCUCCUCUUCUUUGUCCACCAUUCGCAACACCAACGCCAGAUCCCAAAACAACUUGUGCUUUUGCAAUCGCAUCGGUAUAAGGUUUUUGUGGAUAGUCAGGAUUUCUGGACGAGAGAGUUUCGAGGGCUGGGGAACCUGACGCUGGGGUUGGGAUCUACCAGGCGGUGGGAGUCAAGGGCAGCACCAUUCCAAGGUGGUGACAGGGAGUUGGAGUUAUUGUCGGUGGAGGAUUUGAGGUUGAAGCUCGUGUGUCCAUCGCACGAGGAGGACGAAGACGAGGAUACUGAGACGUUGGAUGUGGUCGCGUUUCUGCCGUAUCUGAAGCGGUUGAGGUUGGAUGUUUUUACGCGGGUGGAUGGGAAGCUCCUUAUCGCCAACUUGCACAAGGCCCGUGCCCGUGCCCACCUCGCCGCCACCACCGCCGCCAGCGGGUCCAACUCUUCUCCAGCCCUCCUCCUUCCACUGCCGUCCAAGCUCGAGUCCUUAGAGAUCCACGUCCACCAAGGCACCACCCUCAAUCCCACCGACGAAGACAACCAAACUCUGUACCUUACUUUCCCAGAAAUCACCACCCUAAUCCAAGAACACGCCCACCUGCAAGGCCUCACCCGCCUCCACCUCCACCUCACAACCAUCUCCCCCUUCCUCACAUCUGCCAUCCGUGCCAUACCUCCCUCCUCCCCCCUUGGGUACAACGUCCUUCAGGAUCUGGAGAUCCGGAUCUCGGAUUUUUAUGGACAUACCUGUGAUCCUAUACCUUGGAUCCGGUCUAUCCUUGCGACGUGUACGAGGCUGAGGAGGGUUUAUUUGGAUCUUGUGGGGCCUCAGGCGGAACAGAAGGUUUAUAUGCGAUUUGCGCAGGGACUCUUCUGUGGCGAGGUUGAGGCCGAGGAAGGAGAGGCGGGAGGGACGGGAGGGGUUGUGGAUCCGAGGAAGGCGUGGGGGUGUGCGGGAUCGUUGGAGGAGUUGACGGUUUUGGGGAUACAUUUGCCUGUUGUGGUUGAUAUGGCUGGGUAUUUGGGGUGGAGGUAUCGCAAAUCAGAGAGUGGGAGGCUAAAGAAGGCUUGGAGGACGAAUCGGCAGCGGCUUCAGGGCCUUUUCACUCGUACCCUUACCAGCACCAGCACCAGCACCAGCACCAGCGCCAACGCCAACGCCAACGCCAACAACGGGAACAGGAACACGAAUAGCAACGAGGGUAAAGAUGAUACAUCAUCCUCGGAGGAAGAGGAACAACAGUGCUCGCGCAAAGACCGGAGGAUAUCUAUGACCCGGGUGAUCGCCUUUGAGAUCUACGAGAACCUCAAAAGUAUCGGUCGCGACCCGGAUACCGUCUGCCCGGACGAUGUAACAUACUUUGAUCGACUCUUGAGUUUCGCCUGUCCCGAUUACUCCCCUUCCUCUUCCUCCUCCUGCUCCUCCUCCUUGGACUCACAGCAACAACAACUACAACAGCAACAACGGACACGCAAGCAGUACAAACAGAAACAGAAACAGAAACAGACACCACCGUACCGCCCAAGCCGAGCAGAAAUGCGGUUCAACGCCCAACUGGCGACCCAGAUCGCGCAGUGCCCACGACUGAUAAUGCUUCGUCUGAAUUGGGAUACCUGUACCCAAGAGCUUGCUGAUCUGCGUGCGCGACAGAAGGUUCUGCAGUUGGAGCAGCAGGAGAAAGAGUUGUUGAGGGAGAAGAUUGUCGCGUUGGAGGGCCCAAGUGAGAGGACGACCAAGGUCCAGCAACAGCCAAGACAGAGUCAGAAGCAAGAGCAGAAUAAGAGGCGCUCGUUUUUGUUUGGGUAA